GCUGAAAUUGUGCCCUGCGGCGCCCCUGAGAUCGCUCCCGCGCGUAGACGCGCGGCGCGCAUGGGCAAGCGGAAAGGAGCCAAGGCCAAGGCCAAGAACAAGGCUCGGGCGGCCGCCGGCGCGGCUGAAGAUGAGCCUUUGGAGGGCGAUGAGGACUGUGGAUGGCCGCGCAGCGCAGCAUGCUGGAGCACUUUGCGAAGCAAUCGGGGGACUCCAGUGGCGCGCAGCCGGGUGAGGCGCCCAAGGCGGAGCAGGAGGAGGAGAGCUCUUCUCGGUGCGGCGGGUGGAGUUCCAAGGACGGCAGGUGCCGCUGCUGCUGCAGAACCGCAACGGCCCCUGCGCUCUGUUGGCGGCCGCCAACGCGUUGCUGCUGCGGGGCAGCUGGGAGGUCAGUGGGGAGAGUCUCAGCAGUCAGGACGACCUGGUCUCCCAACUCUCGGCCCUCUGCAGGGAGCUCAAUGCCAAGGCGAUGGAGGAGGACCCGGCGGUGGCGGCGGCGGUCACGGAGGUCAUCGAGAGCAUGCCAAAGCUCUUGGACGGCAUGUUGGUGAACUGCGACUUCAGCGACUGCGGGGAGUUUGAGGAUAGCUCCAGCACGGGACUCUUCGAACUCUUUAAGCUUCAGCUGUUCCACGUCUGGGUGGACAGAGAGGUGCACAAAGUGGCGCCCAACUGGAACGACCUCAUGGAUUACUUGGGCUUCAGUGCGGAGCUCCAGUGCAUCCUCGCGGAGGAGCAGCGGGCUCCCUCGGAGGAAGAGGAGGAGAAGCUGUGCAGGGCCAGCUUUUUGCAGGAGUGGCUUCAGGCGAACCGGGCCCAGGCCACUGGCGAGGGCAUAGAAGGGCUGCAAGCGCAGGUGAGCCACGGGGACGUGUGCGUCCUCUUUCGGAACAACCACUUCUGCACAGUGUUCCGCCCUGCUGCGGAUUUGCCCUGCAGCGACUGCUGCGCCCUGCUCACUGACGAGUGCUUCCAUGGGGACUCCGCGCCGUUGUGGGAGAUCCUGACCCUGGAGGGCGGGCAGUUCUUGGAUGCCAAGUUCUGCCCCAUGGAGGCCGAAGGUCUUGAGGCCGUGCAAUCGGCUGACACCUGGCCCAGCCUCCAGAGGCCGGAGGCGAAGCCAAAGGGCCUCCUUUGCCCCUCCUGCAAGAAGAGCUUCUCGACAAGGAACGGACUUCUUUGCCAUCGCACCGCCAAGUCUCACUAGGACCACGGCACGUUCCCGGUAAGCGUCGGUAAGACGAGUCGGCUGCGAAGCGG